AAAGUCGAUUGUUGUUAUCGAAAUCGCCGUAGUCGUAUGCUUUGUAUACAUAAUUGUUUAGUAUUUAGUUUAAUUUGCGUAAAAUGGAUUUUAUUGAUGAUUUUAUAGAGGAGUACAAAAAUAAUCCUUGUCUUUGGAAAGCUGAUUGUACUAAUUUCAAAAAUCGCACAAAGCGUCAAGAGGCCUACUUGAAAUUAAUUGAAGUGGCAGCAAAGCAUGGGGAACACUAUAAUAUUGAGAGAACAAAGCAAAAAAUUAAUAAUCUGAGAUGCGCGUUUCGUCAACAAUUGAAAAAGAUUAUUGAAUCCAAAAGUAAAGGGGUUAAAGAGGAACCAUACUGUCCUAAGCGUAGAUACUUCGAAUCUUUAAUGUUUCUAAAAGACGAAGAAAACUUGGAGAGAAAGGCAAAGCGAAGCAGUGGAAACGGUGUAUCAAAUACCGAAGAACUUGAUACCAGCAUACUGGAGCAAGAAUGUAAAUUGCCCAGGAACUUGGCAGAUAAUAUAGGCGAGGGGGAGAGAACUUCAAAGUCACUAUCUCAGAAUGAAUUGUUAGAAGAACAAACCAUAGAGGAAUGUUAUACUGAGUACAGCGACGAAGUCUACCAUAAAAUCAACGAUUUAAUUCCCCACGAAAAAAAUGUAAAAGAUAAAGUAUAUGAGUGUGAAAAGGAAACAUCUUUCCUUACGGAAACUAAAAGUAGUCGAAAGCGUUCUUCAUCUACAUCUUCUCAAAUAUCAAAGGAAGCUGAACCUGCCAAGAGAAUUUUUAAAAUCGAAACACCCACGAUAGACUUGGAAAAACUGUGUUCGUUGACGUGCAAGGGACAUAAUAGCACUAUGGAAGACCAUUUCUCUAGCUUCGGAAAAGUUAUUGCACACAAGCUCCGGACAAUGGACGGUUCCCAAGCCAUUUAUGCUGAAAAAAUCAUAACAGACGUGUUAUUCCACGGUCAGAUGAAAAUGUUAUCUGUAUCGAGUAUAAACCAGUUUUUAAAUGUUAAUUUUUCAGAUUUAUGCGAACCAGUUCGAAUUAAUAAAUAAUUUCACUAAGCAUUAA